AUGAUCGCUCGUGGUCGCAGAGGCGGCGACGUGCCCGUCAUCUUCGUUCACGCAGGAGCGGGAUAUCACAGCGUUCAGAAUGAGGGUGUUCACCUCCAGGCUUGCAACGACGCCGCGAAGGCUGCAAUGGCCGUGCUCAACAAUGGCGGAACGGCAGUUGACGCUUGCGAGAUGGCAAUCAAGGUUCUCGAGGACCGUGAGAUUACCAACGCGGGAUACGGUAGCAACCUCGCAAUGGAUGGUGUGGUGGAGUGCGAUGCUGUUGUUGUAGAUCACCUUGGCCGUAGCGGGGGAGUAGGAGCCGUUGCACAGAUUAAGAAUCCAAUCUCCCUCGCUCGGCUUGUUCUGGACCAUUCCAGUAAGCAGCUCACCCUUCGCCGCGUUCCACCCAAUCUGCUCGUUGGCCAAGGGGCGGUAGAUUUUGCAUUCGAUCAGGGCAUGCCCGUAAUGCCUUACGAUGCUCUGGUCUCUCCUGCCGCUCGCGAGCGCUGGAUACGAUGGAGAUCAGACCUCAAGUACGCCGAGAGGAAAGCGCGCAAGGCCGCUGGCGAAUCUGCACUCGUGGUGUCCUUGCGUACGGAUACUGAUCCUGCAUUCGAGGAGCAAACCAGAAACAGGAUGCGCCGAGAGCACACGCAAAUGCUCCUCGGCAACGGUUUCGCCCGUGCGAGCUCUGUGUCAUCCUCGCCUAUUCCUUCACAUCGUGGCCUAGACUCGUCGCCAUCCAAGACUACAUUAGGUUCUGCGAGCGCGACACCAGAUUCGGCAUCGUCGUGCCCAUCCGACCAGCAAGAGUACAUAGACCCGAACGGCCCCCUACUGCCGGUGCAAGAAUCGAGCCGGAGUUGCUUCGUCAACAGCACACAACAUGUCCCAACCCUGGCAACCCUUAAUUCUGCUCAAGACAUGGCUGACGAUGCCAAGUCGGAAGAGUUCGAUGACAGCGAUGUGCAGAUGAGUGAUGUGGGCGACUCGUUCGAUCCCUCAUGGCUCGAGCGUCGGCAAAGAGGACGUGACUGGAACGAUGGAUCAUCUGGGGAAGAGUCUUCUGCCUCUGACGGGACGCUUCAUCUACCUUCCGUAACCUCUAGCCCGCCUCCAAUCGCAGUUCAUACACCUCUACCCGGUACGCCGCCCGAGAGCUUGCUGGAGCAGCCAUCGCCUCGGGCUUCGACGCCGCUGGGGCACGUGACCGCGUCGCCGCCUCUACCGCCCUCGCCUUUACUGAGUAAACUGAGGAAAAUUACAACUCCUGAUUCUUACUUCCCAGGCCAGAAUGAAGACCACAUCACCGACACUGUCGGCGCCGUUGCCAUUGACUGUUACGGCAACAUCGCUUGUGGUGCCUCGUCCGGUGGCAUCGGCAUGAAGUAUCGCGGUCGAGUCGGUCCCGCAGCGCUUGUCGGCGUUGGUGCUGCUGUCGUGCCAAUGGACCCGAGCGACAAGCAGAAGACUUGCGUCGGUGUCGUGACCAGCGGUACUGGCGAGCACAUGGCGACUACUAUGGCUGCAACCGUAUGCGCUGAGCGGGUGUAUCAGGGCACGAAAAGAAUAAAAGGAGGGAUGUUUGAGGCUGCGGAAGAUGAUGAAGCGCUGCGGGCAAUGAUUGAGCAGGAGUUUAUGGGCCAUCCUAGCGUGAAGAACAGCCACUCGGUUGGCGCAAUUGGUCUCUUAGCCGUCAAGAAAACAAGGGAUGGAGUAUACCUCUACUUCGGCCACAACACUGACUCCUUCGCAAUGGCGUCGAUGCACGCCGACGAAGUCCAUCCGACCUGCACCAUGUCACGAAGCCGCGGCAACGGUCAGAUCGCUCAAGGUGGAAGAGCCAUACGGUACCGACGGAAAAAGUAG